UUCAUAAAUGGACGUGUUUACAAUAAAUCGUUGUGAUCUAAAAAUGUUCUUAUUCCUUAUUUUCUUGUGGUUUGGUGUUUUAAGUGGCGAAGGAGCAGCAUGUGAAAUAACUAAAGAAUGCGAAAUGUUUUGUAGCUAUAAAGCUACAUUAGAAUUAAGAUAUAUUACUACAUGUAAACAUUUUGAACUAAUCAGAUUUCAAUUCACCGAUAUAGAUACUGACAAAUUGCAGAAUUGAAAGGUUAUUCAUUUGAAUAUCUUGAUUUCCAGACAAUAAACAAUAUACAGAAUGUAAGUCGUGCAAUCGAAGGAUUAAACAUUAAAAACUUGCGUAUAUUCGAUAAUAAUAUAAGGGAAUUAAAAACAAGUAUGUUUGAAAACAGCGGAACUUUCUAUUCUGUAGGACUGUAUAGGAAUAAUAUUGAGGUUUUGCAACGAAAAUCAAUUCCUAAAGCAGAAUGGGUAUUUUUAAGCGACAAUCUCAUUAAAACGUUAAAUGCAGAUAUGUUUAUUGAUAUAACGUUUGUGAAAUAUUUGAAUUUACAUCACAAUCAUAUAAAGAAAAUUUCGGCUUCAUCACUCAUGGGUUUAAAAGCAUUUAAUUUGGAUGUAAGCUAUAACCAUUUAGAAAGUUUAGAAGACAGCUCAAUUCCUGAAGUAAAAAAUGUGUUCUUAAAUAACAAUAAACUGAAAUCAAUACAUUCUCAAAUGUUCGUUAACAUUUUGAAUACAAACGUUCUCGAUGUGAGCUACAAUAAUAUCACCAAUUUCAACUUUGAAAACUCCGAGUUCGAUAUACUAAAUAUAAGCUACAAUAAAAUUGCGACCAUUUCGCAAAAAUCUUUUUCGGAGAUGAAGAUCUUAAAAAAUUUAUCAUUAUCAAAUAAUCUGAUUACAUCGAUAGAAAGGCAAUCAAUACCGAAAGUGCAAAAUCUUAAUUUGAGUUACAAUUUACUUAAAUCCAUUGAAGAAAAUAUGUUCUCCGAUAAGGAUCAUCUCAGAUAUUUGGAUAUAAGAAGCAAUUGCAUCGAACAUAUAGAUUUUAAAAUAAUCAAACAAGUUCCCAUUUCAUUUGGAUUUUUUAACGAAAGAUGUAACUUGAAUGGUAUAACAGAAACGUAUACAUUUUGGAUAUCGAAAAGUACCGUUUAUAUCAUUGGGGCAGUCGUAUUGGUUGCAGUUUUUCUCGUUAUGGUAAUGAUUAUAAUAUAUUCAAGACGAUUCGCCAAAUACUCAACGUAUUUGAAGAAUUCAGAGACUUCAAGGGUGGUACAUUAUGAUCGUGUUUCAUGUGCAAUAUUUAGGGACAACAAGAAUGAUUACUUAGAACCUACAAAUGAUUAUGAUGAGAUCAAAAAUAAUUAUUCAAUACGAGAAUCACAGAAUGAAUAUAUGGACCCUCGCUCAGUUCUAUGAAUAUACAAUAAGCACAAUUCAUGUUUUUCUUAAUAAUUUAGCAUCAUCAGAAUCUCCAAUCUAUUUAUAUGGUUAUUGUAUAAUGUAACUGUAAUAAUAGUAUUAAUAGGUAGAAAGACCUAUGGUCAAUAACCCUUUGUAUC